UGUUUAAAAUGACAACAAAAGUCAUAAUAAGAAUAUACUGUAUCUUACCAUAUGUGUAGUUAAAGAGUUUGUUCAAGGAGCGGGAGGAAAAGGAGGUGGGAAAAGUUGACAACACAUCAACAGCUGCUCAAAUUGGAACCUCCUCACCUCAAGACUGGACUCCAACAUCUAAAGUUGUAAGGCCUGCAGUGGACAGGUGGGGCUGGCAGCAGAGCUCAGGUUUGAUGCCAGUGUUCGAGGAGGAUGAGGAGGGCAGUGACCUGCCAGGAGGAAAAGAGGGAGAACCAGCAGGAGAGGCUCGUGCUGAGGAAAACCUCCACAGUCAGGGACACCAGAUGUCAGCUCUGAGUGCAGAAAUCAGCAAUCAGAAGGCAAAAAAUGAAAAUCUGCUGCAAGCCAUAAGGUUCAAGCAGCCAGUCCAGGAUCUUCAUGUUGCAGAGGAAGAAGUAUCAGACAAGUCUUUGGAUGAUGUGCCGAACCUAGCUCACUGUUCAGAUGAGUGUGACCUGCAGAGGAGGUUACCUUCCCUCUAUCCUGAUGGAAUAUUCCUCGCUAAGCUUGUCCAUAUCUGUAGCCCUGAUGAAGAUGAGGAAGAGGGAGAAGACAAAUUUAGUGUUUAGUGAAGACUUGCAUUGGGUUAGGCUAGCCUACAUACAAGUCUGUAUAGACAGGUAAUUACAGGGUGCUGCACCAGCUGGCUUUGUAGAGUGUAGCUUAUGCUGUAUGUUUUGUUACUCAACGGAAAUGUAAGGAUUAAUUAACCUCUAUAAUUGGGAUGUUUUCAGAACUAAAAUCAACAAAAAUCUGCAAUAAGUGAUGGCAAAUAAAGCACUACAGCUACAAUUUGAACAUUUGUACCUCUGGCAGUGCUGUUAAUAAAAGCCACCAGGCUACCUCAGGCAAAAGUGUAUUUUAUUUAUAUGACAUGAUAUGGGUCCUCGCAUCAUUUUUACAUUCAGAAAAUCCUUCAGCCAACAACAUAUUUCAAACAUGUCUCAAAAGAACUGUGAAAUUACAGAUGUACAUAUUUGUUUGUAUUACAUGUUACUCACACAUUAAAUAAAUGACAAAGUGUAUUUUAGUGAACACUAGAAUAACUUAUGUAUUUUUAGAUACAGACCAUAUUUCUCAGUUCAAUAAUUAAUGUUUUUGCUUAGUUUUUUUGAUGUAACCCUCCAGCAUUUUCAAAAUACAUUAUUCUACAACUCUGAGCUUACACUGUGUUAUUCCAACAAGUUAUGUUGUGCACUUACAGUACUGUCCCAUAGGAGAAUUCACGGACUGAUACACUGAAAUAAGGCCAUGUUUAAAGAUGUUAUUGCUUGGUGCUUAGAAACAACAUCAGCUGUGAGCAUGUUAUGCCAAAGAGUUGACACUGUGUGUUAGGUCCACUGGUCACAAAACACGUUUUUUUAAGCACAUGUUGAUUCUGGUUGAACAUUGUGCCAGCGUGCUUGCUCCACCUGUAAGCUGCACAUGUCCCUCCAGUGAGCACGUCCUGCAUCUGCAGCCUCUGCACCAAUGAGGACUCGACCAAGGACUUUACCUCCUGAAUGGGCCUGAUUCUGUCACAAAAAAGGGGCAGAAUAUGCAAUUCACAGGGUGGUUAAUCACAAACUACAUUUUAUUCUAUAAUUGUGAGUUCCCACAGCGAUCUUUACCUGCAUGAUUAUGAACUCAAGCAUGAGAGGCAGCUGGCUGAUGUCUCCUGGAGGAAGGUCAAACAGGAAUGAUGAAUUCCACACAGUAUAGGGCCCUCCUUUACUUUCUCUGCUGCUGAUCACAGUUCCCUUGUGAUGCAGAUUGAUCAGUAGCUGGU